GCUGCCGUCUCCGAUAACUACGCAUGCGCGCAGUAUACAAAAUGUCGGGAGGAGCGGAAAGGUUAAGAAUGAGAAGGAAUUUGUCUGCAGGCAGCUCAAACACGACACGCCAGUUUUGUUGUCUCUGUCCCGAUAUUUAAGAAGUGGAGCAAGGGAUUCAAUCGACCAUUCCUCAUUUGACCAACCGUCAUUUUACACAGGAGAAAGGCCGUUCACCUGCUCAGACAGUGGGAGUGGAUUCACUCAGUUAUCACAAUUGAAGGUACAUCAACAAGUUCACAUUGGCCAAGGCCAUUCAUCUGUUCUGCGUGUGUGAGAAAGGAUUCAGUUGGUCUUCCCACCUGUGGACACACCAGUCAGUUCAUACCACACUGGCGGAGGUUAGUCAUCUGUUGAACUCCUGGGAAAGGAUUCACUCAGUCAUCUGACCUAAUGGCUCACCAGCGAGUUCACACAGGGGAGCGGCUGUACACCUGCUCAGUCUGUGAGAAGAGAUUCACUCACUCUUCCACCCUAUGGAAACAUCAGCGAGUUCACACUGGGGAGAAGCCAUUCACCUGCUCAGAAUGUGGGAAGGGAUUCACUGAGUCCUCCACUCUACUGGUACAUCAGCGAGUUCACACUGGGGAGAGGCCAUUCACCUGCUCAGUCUGUGAGAAGAGAUUCACUCGGUUAUCCCACCUCCAGAGUCAUCAGCGAGUUCACACUGGGGAGAGGCCGUUCUCCUGCUCAGAAUGUGGGAAGAGAUUCACUGAGUUAUCCAACCUACAGAGUCAUCAGCGAGUUCACAGUGGGGAGAGGCCGUUCUCCUGCUCAGAAUGUGGGAAGAGAUUCACUGAGUUAUCCAACCUACAAAGUCAUCAGCGAGUUCACACUGGGGAGAGGCCGUUCUCCUGCUCUGAAUGUGGGAAAGGAUUCACUGAGUUAUCCACCCUACAGAGACAUCAGCAAGUUCACACUGGGGAGAAGCCAUUCACCUGCUCAGUAUGUGGUAAGAGAUUCACUCAGUUAUCCACCCUGCAGAGUCACCAGCGAGUUCACACUGGGGAGAAACCGUUCCCAUGCUCAGAGUGUGGGAAGAGAUUCACUCAGUCAUCCACCCUACAGAGACACCAGCGAGUUCACACUGGGGAGAAGCCAUUCACCUGCUCAGUCUGUGGGAAGAGAUUCACUGAUUCAUCCACCCUACAGAGACACCAGCAAAUUCACACUGGGGAGAAGCCGUUCACCUGCUCAGUCUGUGGGAAGGGAUUCACUCAGUCAUCCACCCUACAGAAUCACCAGCGAGUUCACACUGGGGAGAGGCCAUUCACCUGCUCAGUCUGUAGGAAGAGAUUCACUCAUUUAUCCAGCCUACAGAGACAUCUGCAAAUUCACACUGGGGAGAAGCCGUUCAGCUGCUCAGUCUGUGGGAAAGGAUUCACUCACUCAUCCACCCUACAGAGUCACCAGCGAGUUCACACUGGGGAGAAGCCGUUCACCUGCUUAGACUGUGGGAAGGGAUUCAUUUAUUUAUCCAGCCUACAGAGACAUCAGCGUGUUCACACUGAGGAGAAGCCGUUCACCUGCUCAGAAUGUGGGAUAGCAUUCACUCAGUCAUCCCAACUACUGGCACACCAGUCAGUUCACAAUGGAGUGGCCGUUGUAAUGAAUCCCUAGGUUUCGUUUGCUGAAGGCUAUUUUAAGAGAGAGAUUAAGGUGAUUCAGUCUGACUUGCAGCUUGUUUAGUUUUAACCGAGGACACAGACACCCAGAGUCAGACAGAGAUGAAGGAGGUAAAAUGGAAAGAAUCGAAACCAGGGAACUAAUGGCCAAGGGACACCGUUUGGAACUUUCCUAUGCCCACAAGGGUGGAUUAAUCAUCGAUUCACCGUACAUCGAAUGUGUGGUGGUCACCUUGUUUGAUCCAUAGGAGUGGCUCUGAUUUGGGGAUCCUGUGAAGACUGCUGAUGUGUUAACCCUUGCCUGGGUGUGGUGUGGUAAUUCACUUGAAGAUGAUACCCCUUGUGACAAGUCACUUUGGGUGAUAAUUAGUAUGUGAGAUUUUGGAAUGACGACAGAUAAAAUCUACAGCAACUGUUCUCUCAUUUUACCACUGUGGAACCUGAGGAAUUUGACAUAAUUGCAUUCUCUCAACAUUUACCCUGGAUUACAAAUAUCUCUCUCAUCACCUAUUCUGUGGAUGAAGUGAAGUUUCCUACUUUACCAUCUCAAGAUUCUAAGCCUUGAUUCCCCCGAGCUCAAUAGUUUGGGCAACACACAAAAUGCCGGCGGAACACAGCAGGCCAGGCAGCAUCUAUAGAGAGAAGCACUGUCGUUGUUUCAGGCCGAGUCCCUUCGUCAGGACUACCUGAAAGGAAAGAUAGGAAGAGAUUUGAAAGGAGGAGGGUGAGGGGGAAAUGUGAAAGAUAGAAGACCAGAGGGGGUGGGGUGAAGCUGAGAGCUGGAAAGGUGAUUGGCAAAAGGGAUACAA